GUACAAUGUUCAACAUGCUUGCUACAUUUGCAAUCCAACUCUCGAACAUUUCUUAGUGUUAAAUUAACAUGUUGGCAGUUCAUAAUGAGUACACACACUCACUCCUCCAUUGACUUUACUGGUAUGAUCUAUUCUGAAGUUAUUACACCUACACCAAGGAGGAACGCCCAUGACAGCCAUCUGAAGUGAUUUAAAAAGUUUUGUCCGAUGUCAAAGGGCAAAUCUAAACACUUGUCACUGAAGAUACCAACUGACUGACAUCAACAAAAAGGAAUGUAAUAGGAAAAAGUAGUGCAGCAUGUUUAUUGUAUCGCUACCUCAGAUAACAUGUAGCAUGUGUAUUGUAUUUGUUUGCAUUGUUUUAUUCCCCUUAUACUAAAGCAAUUCGCCAAAGAUUAUAAUUUUUUAUUAGCUAUAAUUUUUUUAGUUUCAAGUUAGUUUCUCUUAUCACUUACAGUACAGCAGCUAUACCUCACAAGCAUCUUUUUAUUUUCUCUUUUGAAGUAAAGAAGACAAAAGAAAACACAGCUUUUCAUGAACUGUUCUGAAGUGGAAAACUUACUGAUUAUUCCAAAGUGCUGACACUGGAGACUCCUUCUACAAAUGUUAAAUAAACAUCUCUUUACAGAAAGCUUCACCAGCCAAAACUAUUGUCAGAGCUUCUGUUAAUGAAAAUUAAUCAAAGCCUGCUGGCCAAUCAGCAAAGUGGUAUAAUUAAUUAAGAGAAUUAAGAGAAUUAAUCAGCAAAUAAUUAAGAGAAUUAAUCAGCAAAGUGGUAUAAUUGAUAAAUAACAGGACUAAGCAACAGCAGUUCAUUGUUAAACUGUUAGACUUGUUUACAGUAAUGUUAGCAAUUGUGCAACAGCAGAACACUGGCUAUGGCUAAUCAAAUUGAUUUGAACUCUAAAUAGCUGUUUGUCCCCAUCAGAAAGGUCACUCUGGGUGACACAGCCCGUAUCAGAUCUAGACUUGAAAAUAAUCAAUGUUAAGGAUUAAAUUUUGUCAUGGGAUGUUUCAUAAAAAGACUGAUUUAACUACACAUGGCUUGUUUGUGACAUGGAGAUAUAUAUCUCAUAGCUUGUUGAAGGCAGGUGGCAUUUACACCUCACAGCUCCAGGGUCCAAGAUAUGAUCUGGGUUACUGUCUGUGUGGAGUUUCACGUUUUCCACAGGUCCGUGUGCGUCUCCUCAGGGUUCCUCUCACCUCCGACAUGCCAGUAGGUAGACUGUCUAUGCUGAAAUGCCCUAGAUGUGAAUGAGCGUGUGAAUGUAGGUGUGUGAUGCCCUGUUGAACUCGUGUCCCAUUCAGGGUGUGUCCCUGCCUCACGCUCAGUGUUCUGGUGAUAGGCACCAGAUCCACCUCAGCCCUGACCAGGAUAAAGCGGUUACUAAAGAUGAACGAAUGACUGAAUGAAGAACCCAUGAAGGCUCUAAAUAUAGCUGAAUCAGAUUGCCUUAGGCUGGACUGGAGCUAAAUUUUGCAGGAAGGUAGCUAUGUGAGAGAAGAUUCGUCAUGUAAAUUGCAGCUCGAGUUCAGUGUCCCUUUAAAAGCGUGUCUGGGAGAGUGCUGAAGUUCCUCUCAGCACCGCUAGGCGAAUCUUUGCUCCAUUUUCUGAAGCUCUUACAAGCGGCUUCAUCUUUGCCUUGCUGGGGACAAGUGGGAGAAAAUCGGCGUGUUAUCAAGCUGUACUCUCUAAAAUCGUGAGGAACGGAUAAAAAGGAGGGAAAAACCCAGAACAAAAGCCGGUUCGGUUUGUUAGCUUAGUUUAGCAUCACUGCGGGGAGGAAUUCGGGCACGAGCCGCAAAAUAAAAGGCGCUUCUGCAUCCCGCUGCUGUAGAAAUGAGGAGAUUCGCUGUGGAUUAAAGACACCUCUUAAAACUGCGUACGGGAAAAUGAUUUUUACUCUGUGAAAUAAACUGGACGGAAUAAUGCUGCCCGUCUGAGUGAAGUCUGGUUUUAUCUGUAUUACUGUUUUUUGUUUUUUUUUUUUCUUGGCUGGAUUUGCUUCCUUCGGAUUCCUUUUUUUUCUUCUUUCUCUUUUUUGUCAAGAAGAAAUGCUCUGAAAACUGGAAAAGGCGAAGAGGAAAACUGUCUGAGGAUAUAGACCUGGGGCCUCAGCGGGCUUGAUUUAUCUGUCCACAACCAGCCGUGAAUGGCUAGCAUGGACAGCGGCUGCGUGGAUAGGACGUGACCUGACGAAUAGUGUGUGGCGAAGAUGUUGUCUUGCCAUGCAUAGCACUCGAUGAGGGAACCCUUGCCAUGCAAAGAACCACUGGACGUUUCGAGAGUCCUACGUUUCGCAGGUGUGACCUCUCGGCUUUGAGCGUGCCCAAUCAAAGGAUAUAGCGGAUAUAAAACCAGCGUCGGAGCUUGUAUCACUGUGGGGAGGGGAGGGGAAUUAGCGAACUAUGCUCGGCCAGCUCGGUCGGCCCUGGAGUGCCAUGCAGUCACGGCUGGAUAUGUGUGCCGGCUUGGAGCUGCCCUCCCUGCUGUGGGUGCUGGCCUUGGCGCUCCAGACUUGGGUGGGUGCUGCGGAGAAGCUGGACGAGUUGGACCCUGUGGUGACCACGGCAUACGGCAAGCUGAGGGGCUUCAAGAAAGAACUCAACAACGAGAUUCUGGGGCCUGUGAUCCAGUUCCUGGGUGUGCCCUACGCGGCACCUCCUACAGGGGAGAGGCGAUUUCAGCCCCCCGAGCCACCCAUGCCCUGGCAAGACAUCCGCAACGCCACACACUUUGGCCCUGUGUGCCCACAGAGUGUUGUGGAAGGCAGGCUGCCUGAUGUCAUGUUGCCUGUAUGGUUCACCAACGGCCUGGAGGUGGUUUCAACCUACGUGCAGGAGCAGAGCGAAGACUGCCUUUUCCUAAACAUUUACGUGCCCACAGAGGAUGUAAAAAGAAUAUCCAAGGAAUGUGCCAGGAAACCGGGCAAGAAAAUAUGUAGAAAAGGAGGUCCUCUUACAAAGAAACAGAAUGAUGAUUUAGGUGAUAAUGACGGUGCAGAGGAUGAAGAUAUCCGAGAGAGUGGAAGUCCCAAGCCGGUGAUGGUUUUCAUCCAUGGCGGAUCUUAUAUGGAAGGCACAGGAAAUAUGUUUGAUGGCAGCAUCUUGGCCAGUUAUGGCAAUGUCAUUGUCAUAACCCUGAACUACCGGCUUGGUGUGCUAGGUUUUUUAAGCACAGGAGACCAGGCGGCCAAAGGCAACUAUGGGCUCUUAGAUCAAAUCCAAGCCCUGCGCUGGACUAGUGAAAACAUUGCCUUCUUUGGUGGCGACCCACUACGCAUUACAGUUUUUGGAUCUGGGGCCGGAGCAUCUUGUGUGAACCUCCUCACGCUGUCCCAUUAUUCUGAAGGUAACCGCUGGAGCAAUUCGACCAAAGGCUUGUUCCAGAGAGCCAUAGCUCAGAGCGGCACGGCCCUGUCCAGCUGGGCAGUGAGUUUCCAACCAGCUAAAUAUGCACGCAUGCUGGCCAGAAAGGUGGGAUGUGACUAUCACGACACAAUGGAACUGGUGGAGUGCCUGCAGAAGAAGGACUACAAGGAGCUGGUGGAGCAGGACAUCCAGCCAGCACGCUACCACAUUGCCUUCGGCCCAGUCAUCGAUGGCGACGUGAUCCCGGACGACCCCCAGAUUCUCAUGGAGCAGGGCGAGUUCCUCAACUACGACAUUAUGCUGGGUGUGAACCAGGGUGAGGGUCUCAAGUUUGUCGAGCUGGUGGUGGAUGGAGACAGCGGUGUGCAGGCCAAUGACUUUGACUAUGCGGUGUCCAGCUUCGUGGACGACCUGUACGGCUACCCCGAGGGCAAAGACGUGCUGCGCGAGACCAUCAAGUUCAUGUACACGGACUGGGCUGACCGGCACAAUCCAGAGACCCGUAGGAAAACGCUGCUGGCGCUCUUCACUGACCACCAGUGGGUAGCGCCUGCUGUGGCCACAGCUGACCUGCACUCCAGCUUCGGCUCGCCCACUUACUUUUACGCUUUCUACCACCACUGCCAGACAGAGCAGGUGCCCGCGUGGGCGGAUGCAGCUCACGGAGAUGAGAUCCCUUAUGUCUUCGGCCUGCCUAUGAUCGGCCCUACCGAGCUCUUUCCCUGCAACUUCUCCAAGAAUGAUGUGAUGCUCAGUGCUGUGGUCAUGACCUACUGGACCAACUUUGCUAAGACUGGUGACCCCAACCAACCAGUGCCGCAGGACACCAAGUUCAUCCACACCAAGCCCAACCGCUUUGAGGAGGUGGCGUGGACAAGGUACAAUCAGAAGGAGCAGCUGUAUCUGCACAUUGGCUUGAAACCACGCGUCAAGGAGCACUACCGUGCCAACAAGGUCAACCUCUGGCUCGAGCUUGUCCCGCACUUACACACCCUCAAUGAGGUCACGCAGGUUGUCUCAUCCACCAGCACCACCACCAAGGUGCCUGCGCCAGACGAGACACCACAGACUCCCAAGAAGAUGCCAGCCAACACCAAGAGGCCCUUCCCCACACCUUUCCCCACCGAGACACAGGAUGCAAACCAAAAUCAGAACCACAACCAACCAUUCCUGGUGGAGCAGCGUGACUACUCCACCGAGCUGAGUGUCACGAUUGCCGUUGGAGCUUCUCUUCUCUUUCUCAACAUCCUGGCCUUUGCUGCACUCUACUACAAGAAGGACAAGCGGCGGCACGAUGGGCAUCGGCGUGGAAGCCCUCAGCGCGCCAAUGCCACCAGUCAACUGGCACCCGUACCCGACGAGGAGCUCAUGUCGCUGCAGAUGAAGCGUGGUGAGCUGGAGCGUGAAUGCCCUCUUGUCUUGAGGAGCGGCUGUCCACCUGACUACACCUUAGCCAUGCGUCGCUCACCUGAUGACGUACCACUCAUGUCCGCUAACACCAUCACCGUCUUGCCCAGCACCAUGCCCAGUGCCCUCGGACCGUUGCAUCCGUUCAACAGCUACGCAGGAGUGCAGCACAACAACACACUGCCCCACCCACAUCCCCAUUCGCAUUCCACAACCAGAGUAUAGCCACACACGUGCACACAUAUAUUCAAAGGAUUUUGGUUUUGGUGAAGCAUAUCUGUGCUACCACCAUUUUGCAGAACAUGGAAUACAGUGGGGUUUCUUUUAUCUCCAUUCGGAGGAAAACUAACGUUUUAUAUUAGAAAUGUGAAAUGAGAAGAAAAUUGCAAAACAAUUUCAGAUUUAAUGAAAAACAACAAACAGAGAUGGAUGAUUUUUUUAAAAUCCUGGUAUCAUAGACAAAGCCAGGCCUAUUUCCUGACAUAGAAGUAUCACUACAAGUUGGCUUGAAAGAUUGGCUUGAUUCAGUUACUGAGUUACAGAGGCUGUGGCAGAGAGGGCGCGUGGGAGGCCCUGUGUAAAUGAAGAAAAUAUAUUGUUUUCCAGAGGCACUCGAUUGUUGAGUACUCUCUCUGGAGCGGACAGGAGAUGCUGCUUACUAAUUUAGGCAUGUGUUCUCCUAUAGAUGGAGGUAUUGUAAGAUACGGAACAAAACAUUACUGGAAAAAGAGGCGUGGACAAGAACUUCUCAAGAAUAUGCACAAUGUCUUGGAAUCUUUUUUGUCAAUUUAUUUUUGGGAACAAUUUUAUUGUAUAGAAUCUAUUUACAUAUCUAGAUAUGUACGCAAAGCUGUUUAAGCUCUGACUCUGGGGCAUCAGUACUGGAGAAUCUGCCAGCAGCUCAUAUACUGGGGUGGGAACGUCACUGGUUUUCUGGCAGAUAUAGCUUCAUCACACAAGUGCUGUCUGUAUGGAGAACUGAAGGACAAAAAAGGGAAGCUGGAUAUUUUUUAGCACGAAGCGCAUGACAAUUUAUCUGCUUGGUGGCUGUUCUGCUGAUUAAGUCUUUAUUAAAAAAAAAUAUUCCCCAUUGGAUCCGUUUGAGGAAAUACUGCUCCGAUUGGCUCACAAUUCUACCAAAAUCGGAAUACGCUGGCACGGACAAAGGCAACGGUUCCCGAAAGGAUGUGGCUGAAACUGAAAGUGGGGGGGGGGCAGGGAUAUGCUACAUAGAGUGCAUUCACAAAUAGCUUGAGUGAACGUGGUUAUAAGGACUAGUUUUGUACAAUGUGUCUUGGUAAAACUUUUUAAUAGUGGUGAGUCACUUGCUGUUUGAGAUCCCAUUUGUGGGAUAAUCAUGAUUGUUUCUUUUUUUCUUUAAUUUGCUUGUUUGGGCUUGCUGUAUUACAUUAUUUUUAUUUAUUUUUAUUGUACCAAUUUUACCUUAGAAAAUAACCCUCAUCAUUUAGUUUAUUUCUUAGCCAUACUUAUCAGGAAGUCCCCUGCAUAACAGAAGCCCCAAGAAAUGAAGUUGCUGGGAACCAUUCUGCAUAACUUUAGUUCUCUGGAAUGUGAUUGGUUGCAUUGAUUUUCUUUUGCGCGUGCCCCUUUAUUGAGUCCCCCGCUGUAGCCCUACUUAAAAAUGAACACUGAUGCAGGGAGGCUCUGCUGACAGUGUAGAUUUGAAGGCCCUCUCAUCUUCUUUUGCCCACAUCUGAUCACAGCAGGUGCCGAGGUGGUGGUGUGAAAAAUUAAAUAAAUAAUAAAUAAAUAGGAAAAAAAAAAGUUCACCUGAGCUGUACUAGUAGCGGAUCAGUUUCCACAGUAUAUCACUCUGUCACUAGAAACGCCUUUAAAAUCAUUUCCCAUGCUGAUUAGCAUGUCUGUCACUUUCACUUUGGCCCUCCUUCAGUCAUUUUGCUGUCAUUCUUAGGUAGGCAUUAGAUUUUUCUUUUUUUUUUUUUUGAACACAAGACUAACUGUUCUUCCAUUACUGCAAUUCUGCGUUCUGUCUACACAGGCAAUUAGUAUUCAGUUUGCCCAUAUUCUGCUUCUCCACUUAAACAUGUUAUAGCACUGUGGCGAAGUAACCUGUCAAACGCAGAUAAAAGUUGGCUUUGCAUGAGUCUCUUUUGUCUCUCCAAAAUUCCUCCAUGCAUCUGUAUGAGUAGAAAAGGCUACUGCAGGAAUGCUUUUCUGACAUCGUUCUUAAUCUUCUUGAAUACUAAUAGUGGGCGGUAUGUCAGCCGAUCCCAUAAAUCAGUUGAAGUUCUUAUUAAAGUGUAGAUUUUCAACACUUUUACAUAACAACACAAUAUAUUACCCUACAUUCACACUGGCAAGUGACAAAGCAACAAGUGACAGCUCGUUUUCUAUAUACGUGCGUGACAUGGAGUCGCAAUUUCUGCAAGUGACAUUUGCAUUGAGAUUUUCUGAACUCUAUGCAAAUUAUGUAUGAUGUGGUAAAGCGACUUAUCCAAACUUAUCAACUCAGAUGAUUUCCUGGACCAAUCCUGUGGCACAUGUGGUCUGACAUUUCUUCAGUUCCCUACUCACAACUUUAGUUCCUACCAGCAAUUAGUUCCCUUUUACUGUUUGACAUGCAAAAAUGGAAGAAAAUCUUACAACCAUGGGUUCAUGUUGUGAUGAUGUGUAUACAGAUUUGAUGGAAAAAAAAAAGCUUGGGAGGAAGUAGCAAAUAUCAUACAGUUAUCGUACAAAGCUAGGAUGACGGCUGUCAUUGGCCAGUCAGUGAUCAGAUUCUUGAUGAGAUGUUACAGAGACAAAAAUACUGUCAGGUGUUUUCGUACUGAUGCGAAAAGCUAAUAACUGUGCAGUCCUGCGCUAUGGCUGCACUGAAGGCUACUGCCGGUAAGAUUGUUAGUUUAAAUAAUCACUUUUAAUGAUUUUAAAAAUUUUACUAGGACAUACUAAUGUCUACAAAAUAGCAGGUAAACGUCAUAUUAUAAGCAGUGUGGUUAGCAUAGAAAUAAAUAAGGAAAAUGCACAGCAUUGGACCUGCCUGCUGUGUUUUGAUUGGCUCGUGUGCCUAUUGCAAACAAAAUCUUAAAAAUAAAAGCUGCUGUUUAUUUUUAUAACCGAUAUAAAUGAAGCAGUGUUCAUUCAGUGUUGGAGUGGUUUCCCAAAUGGCAAAUUUAAAUUUAAUUUGGUUUGUCUUUGCAUAUUCAACAUGAAAUGGGUUCAGUUUGGUUUCAUAACUUGUUUAACAGGAAACCAAAGAAUACCAAAAACAUUGGUUAAGAACUUGAACCAUCAAAUUAUAUCAUGAAAAAUAUUGAUAACUGUUUUAUACUAGACCAUGAUUUUUUUUUUUUUGCUCAUACAUACUCCACUCCUCCUCCCCACCACAAAAAUAUCUAAAGGCAACACUUUCACAAUUGCCCUUAACGUAUUUGAAAUCUGAGAGCCCAAUGAGUAAUACAGUGCCAUCAAGGAGUGAUUAAUUAAAGCGCUUGUGAGUUCAGAGAGAUAUGGGUUAUUCAGAAAAGUCACAAUGACACACAGGCACACUGCCAGUGAGGAGAGAAAGAGAGGAUAAGACAGAGGACUUCAAAAAAAUAAAAGGAGAAAAUUAUGCAGUUGUCCCAGGGCCCAGGUGACCUGUGACACGGCGCAGGUCCCAAACAAGAUGUUCCCUUCUAGAACACGGCCUCCACUGGGCUGCUGCGUUCCUGUCCACUCUGUUCCUACUGAGCAGCACAGUAAAUACAGUGCAGGAGAAGCUGGAGCAUUAACUAAAGCCCACCACACAGCCUCGCUCACUCAAUCAAUACAGGUAUGUAUAUGCAAAGCAGCCCUGCCCCAAGUUCCCUUCCAAACGAGACUCCUUUUGAGCAGCGUUCAAAUUUAAUGAGCCGUUCAUACGAGGGCUCCUUUGAGGAUUUGUCCCAUAUAUUUGCAUGUAGGACCAAGGUGAGAGCUGGGAAACAUCAGUUACCGAGGCGAGCUGCAGGGCUCGAUAUCACACACCAUCGACAAGAUGAGCCUCACGACUGAAUGUAUUACAACAUCGAGUGCCAUUUACAAUUUGUUUGUUUUUUUUUCUUUUUCUUUUUUUCCUUUUGUUCAAUCUAAGCUUCAAAGGGACGAUCAGAAUGCCUGUUCAUGGGAACCAUAUCAGAGGGCAGUUGUAAUGUAGAUUAUUUGUCAUUAUGUCUUUAUUUCUGGUUAAAUAGGACUUACUCUUCUGGAGCACAAUAAAUGAUUUUAUUAAGCUGAA